AUGACCGCUGUGCCACUAGCCCUUGGUCGCUUAUCCCUCUCGUUCAAGCUCCCAUGGCGGAACAACUUUCUGAACUCCAGAUUCCUUCUCAAUCCGGCAUACGUCCCCUCCAGAACCUUCUCCGACGGCGAUACUCCAGGAAAAGUCGCCUUUCGAGCCGUCCACUAUCCCGACACCCAUCCCGAUCCGAGUCUAUUCGAAGAUGAAGACGAGGAAUAUGCUUCCAUCUCUCUCCCUCUCAAGUCGCACCAUACUGCGUCCAUUCCAACUGGACAUCCAUGCGACCCACUCAGUCGACUCGUUCAGGUCCAAAACUUUAGGGAAGCAGAGAAUAUACGCUCGGAGCUAGUCAGUAUGGGCAUACCCAUCGUUCCUCGCACGCGAUACUUCCGAGCUGCGCUGCACGUUUUGAACGACCCCAACAAUCCCAAUCGCUACGCCUCAUUCCUCAACUGGUUCUCCCUCGUUAUACCAGCCAAGGCUAGCAGAAGCCCUUACCUUAACACCAUCACCCGCCGUUUAUUCUUCAAUAGCGCGAUCCCUCUCGACGUUGCCGUUGACUUUGGCCUCAUCUGCGCCUCGAAAGGAUACGCACCCCUCGUGGGUCAAACCGUGGUAGGCCACAUCGCGCGAUAUGCAGAAUUCUCCGUGACGCGCCGGUUUCUUCAUGAAUUCUAUGAUGCGUUCAAAGGCUGCGAAGUGGAGACCCAUCCACACAGUCUCAGAUCGCGUGUCGAAAAGCGUAGCAGAUGGUGGAGCUAUGCCAUUCGUACUCAAUGUUUUGCGAGAAGGCCUCAGCAAGCUCUCGAGUUGCUACGAGAAGCCUACACACUUCGUAUCGCGAUCAACCAACACACCGUCGAAUAUGUCGUCAAUUCCCUAGCGGCCGAAGGCGAAACGGAGCUCCUUGAUCAGAUGGAAGCUAUCGGAUACACUUUCAAUAACCCUUCCGUACCUCUCACACGAGCUCUCUUGACCAUCUCCAAAGACCGGCCCGUCGAAGACAACAUCGCCAUCGCUCUGCGUAUCCUCUCACAGAAGCACAUGUCCGUCACGUCUCUCAUCCCCUUCUUCGAGAUCUACAGCCCAGAAUCCGACCGUCGAAACCCCAAUAUCCUCGCUGCCCCAGAAAUCAACAUGUUACGGACCAAAGCGUAUCGUUUCUCGCUGAACGCUCUUUCCUGGGUCAUCCACGCCGAAAUGAUUUAUCACCACCGUCGUUCCGAGUGGAAACAUGUCCUCCAUCUCUAUCAUAAAUAUUUCCAUCACAUUAGCGUCCCUGAAGACAUCGUACAACGUCUACUGUAUCGUCGCUACCAUUUUUCAGCGAAACGCCAGAUCCAGCCAAGACGAAACGGAGCCUUACCGAUGUCCGUGGAGUUAGCGACUUUCAAUAUCCCGCAUAAAUUAUGGGCAGAUGGAUAUAUCACUUCGCUCGCUUGGAACGCGAUCGUUAGGUUGACGAGGACCGAGCGAGAGGUACACAUGCUUUUUGGACGGUUCACGGAGGUACUGGAGUGGCAUCAGCCGCAUUACCCUAAUAAACUUCUAGAGUCUGCUUCCCUUCCCGAUCCCGCUCCUUUAUCAUUACCACCACCUCCAUCACCCUCUUCUUCACUCGAACCCAGUUCUCCCUCCACCUCAACAGUCGCGCUCGCCACCGCCGCCACCGCCUCUCCCAUUCUUCCCUCCCAAUUCCGUCAUCACUCGAUCCCACCUUCCCCCACUCCAGCCGACCACUUCGACAACGGGCACUUCCUCCCCUUCCUCCGCACCUUCUGCUUCUACCACAACUUCUCUAUGUCCUUCCGCAUCCUCGACCACAUGUUCGAGAAGGGCAUAAACCCCAAUGUCGCGGCCCUCGGGACCGUGGCGGGUAAAGUCGCAUUAGCCGGAAAAGCGGAGAAGGCGAUGAAGCUGGUGGUGCAGAUGGAGCGGUUGGAGGCGGAGAGGUUAGGAUUGGGAGAGGAUUUUUUGGUCUUGGCGCAGGAUGAGAGCGGAGGGAUAGAGGGUGGAAGCGCGAUAGAGACGGGGGUAAAGGCUGGUGCAGGUGCGGGUGCUAAAGGGCCGUGGAGUACACCGGCGGGAAGGCGUGAGUCGAAGGAGUUGGUGAAAGCGUUCACUAAUGUGAUGAGUGGGUUCAAGGCGAAGGGAAUGACGGAUAAUGCGAGGGUUAUCCGCGACAGGAUGCGAUAUCCGUGGGGCUUUCCCUUUCCGGAUGACAUGUCGGAUACUGCCAGUCCCAUUGAUCUCACCAAGCCGAAUCCGACUCAGACUGCAGCCGAUGACAUAGGCGAAGUUCAAGCAUUGGACGUGGAUGGAGCAGACGUUCGACCAAGCUCGGCCACAGCAACGGGAGCCAGUGCUGCUCCCAAGAGCGAGAGGCUCGGCGAUUUAGCAGAUCGGAGACAGGUCGAGUUGGUCAGACGUAUCUCGCAGGAACUGGACCAGCCGGAGAGGAGGAAGGUGUACUAUCAGGCGGAUUGGAGGGUCAAACAAUAUUCGAGCGAGAAGACGUCAGGGUUUGGGCUCAAGUGGGGUCCGUCUGCGGUGGCGGCGACGUCAGUGCAAGGCGGUGAAAAACAGUCAGGCUCAGCGGAUUCGUCUUCGUAA